GGUUUUUUGUUCUAAAAUUUAGCUUAAUUAAUGGUAAUAUGGUUAUCUUUGCCCAAUCUUAUUCACUAAAAUAUUUGCGGAGAAAAUUUUUGAUUUGGCGCUCACUACCUCGUUUCAUUUUUGGUACUCUUAUCUAAUUAAGGUAGAUAAAGACUGAAUUCAAUGUGAUCGUAUCUUCUGCUAAAAUCUCUCCUCUCCUUCUCACUCAUAUAAGUCCAAUAUUAGGCUAACAAUCAACAAAGUUAUAACAUGCCUUCUCUUUUACACCAGUCUGUUCUAGAGGAACUCCAGGUCUGCAUACUCUAGUUUUAUCUUGUUGGGAGGCAUUGACGCCGGGGAAGAGAAGGUUGUUCUCUGAUGAUCUAAGUCAAGCAUUGAGACCUCAUGGACAUAGAGCCUUCCUCUAUGAUUUGGAACUUGACUGGCUAUCAAGAGUUAGAAUUAUGUUUUACAGAGUUUGUAUCCAAUAGUAGAUUGUUUGGUUGUGCCUUCAAUGUAAGAUUGUUUCAAAUGGCUCAUGUAUUGGUUCGAUAUUCAAAAGCAAGAAUCAUACCAAAUAAUUCUCGCCAGAGUCUCAUAGAACACAUGACAAAGACAGGAGGUUUAGCAAGGAGUAAAACCCGACAAUCCGAGAAAACUGAUAUGGCAUCAGACAAAGUGAACAAUGGAUUGCCAAUAACUGAUGGUUCAUCUAUAAAAAGCAAAACUGUGAAUCUGACGUUCGAGGGAAACAUGCCAACUAUUCAGCCUCCUCAAACUCAGCAAAAGGAGAGUACUUUUAUGCCAGAAGUUCAGACUCUUCAAACUCAUCAAACUCAGUACAAGGAGAGCACUAUUAUGCCAAAAGUUCGGACUCUUCAAACUCAGCAAAAAAAAGGACUCUGCAAAAUCAAAGUCAGCAAAAUGGAAGCACUCCUCAUCCUCCAUCACAUGAGGGAAGUCAACAUCCACAAUCACCUCCGACAAAUAUCAUUGGUACUAAACCGUUGCGAUUUUACAGUUGCAAAACAUGCUAAAUAUGUUGUAGUUGCCUUAUGUGAUAAUUUGUUGAUGAAAAUCAGAUUACUUGGCUUCGGGGUAAUGUGUGCUUAUUCUGAAGGAUAA